AACAGAGUCAUCGUUCUUCUGUGCAGUCAGAAAACAAAAAUGAAGACAAUUAUUUUGACACUUUUGGUGCUCAACUUGAUUAUCCAAUGUCAAUCUGAAAGUCAAAGCUAUAGUCAAAACGGAAAGGGCUCAGAUGGAACUUCUAACAACUGGAGGAAUAAAAUGAAGCAUCCAGUUCCUGCAUUUCAACCAGGCCAAUGCCCAGUGUUUAACUCCGACUGGCCCUGUCCUCCUUUAUUCAGAUUUUUAAAUACAUCAAAAUGGAACUGUAGUGUGGAUUCAGACUGUGACCCAGGUGUGCCCUGCUGUCAAUCUCCUUGUGGAAAACACUGCAUCUCACAUGCUAUCUUAAAAGAAGUCGGAGAAGAAAUGAAAAAAGUGCUUUCUACAUUUGCACCAGGCCAGUGCCCGACAUUUAAUCCAAGCUUGACCUGUCCACCUGAGUACAAAAAUAACAACUUUAAGAAACUUAACUGCAAAGUGGAUUCUGAUUGUAAGUCUCGUGUACGAUGCUGCAAUACUCCUUGUGGUCUGAUGUGCAUCCCACAUCCUUCUUUGUUAAGUAAGUCAUAUGAGUUAAGCUAUGGAACAAUCUUAAACUGCAAAACUAUCCUAUCGUGA